AUGUCAUCAGACACAAAGUACAAAUAUGCAGUUGUCAGGAUACCAGAGAAUUCCGUCGUCGAUUUCUUCUCUCUUAUUGUUGCAAAAGGAUAUUCAGACGUUUCAUUUGUUGCUUCACUGGCUCAAUGCAAUAUGAAAGAUGACCCGAAUGACGAUCAACCAACAACUUCAAAUUCCGUUAAAGAAACAAUAAAUGACGACGAAUCGAAUUCUGAAAACAAUAAAUCGUCUCCGCCACGCCGCCAAUCAUCUGGAUCUCAACCUCAAUCAAUCUCUCGUCAGAAUCUAACUCCGAAUAUCAAAACGGAGAAUUUCGAUUCGUGGACUCCAACAGCUCCAUCUUCUAAUCCGACUCCUGAUAUUCUAUCAGCUGGAGGUGUUCCUGCUGAAUUAUUGACGAAUUUGUUUGCCAAAAAUAACGGAACCGAACAAAAGAAACCAAUAUUUGGAUUCCAGGCAUCAGGAGUUGAUUUCGAUUUAUCAAACAAUGAAUGGCAUGAAAACUUGAAACUAUCGAAUGGACAUUCAGCUGAGAAGUUUCAUCCGUAUUCUGGAAAUCCCAAGAAUGAUUCUCCACUGCAAACUCGAAUGAAAGGAUGGCAACGAGAAUAUAUAAAAGAAGUGAUAAAAGACAGUCAUUAUCCGACGGAAGACGAACUCAGAGAUAUCGAAUUGAGAUGUGAUUUGAGCAGAAAACAGAUCCUCCGAUUCAUCGCGAAACGAUUGACCAAUCCGAAUCGAAAGCCACGUGUCAAUCAUCAUGACGAGAAGCGAAAAGAGCAAGAAGAGAGAGAUUCAUUGGGAGAUCAAGAAGACGAUUUACGAGAUAGUGACGUCACUAAUUUACAUCACAUUCUGAGUUCUUUACAGGAGACAACCGCCUAG